ACACAGCCAUUUUUAACGGUUGACAACACGAAACCCUAGUUCUCUGAUACGCCGGUUUAAUACGUUGAUCGCCGUUGCAGUUUCGUUCUUAUGUUUUGGCGGGAACAGAAGUGAAGAAGCAAGCAUUGAUUGUAGAUGAGCUAUAUACUCUAAGAGCCAUGGAAUCUGAACCGUCCAACUAGAGAUUGAUGACUGAUCCGAACCAUCCAUUGCUAUUCCCUACCAGUACCAGAUGUUUUGUCUUGGCUGAUCUAAAUCUAAUCGGCCUGGCCUAAACGAAAACUAAACCCUACCGUUGCCAAAGCAGUGGACAAAUAGAGGGCUUUGUUUCCUCGAGUCUCUGUAGACUGUAGUCCGAGCCGGGAAGAAUGGGAAAUCCUCGGAAGGAUUCAAAUUCAGGUGAAGAUCUUCAUACCGCCGCAAGAUCCGGAGACCUGCACGCCGUUCAAUCCAUCUGCAGUUCUAACCCUUUAGCCAUCAAUUCAAGAGAUAAGCAUUCGAGAAUUCCACUGCAUUUAGCUGCAUGGUCUGGGCAGACAGAGGUGGUGAGUUAUCUCUGCAAGCACAAGGCUGAUGUUGGUGCUGCAGCCAUGGAUGACAUGGGUGCAAUUCACUUUGCUGCUCAAAAGGGUCAUCUGGAAGUGGUCCGAGUGCUUCUCUCAUCAGGGGUUUCUAUCAAAGCUUCCAACCGCAAGGGUCUGACACCCCUUCAUUAUGCAGUUCAGGGAUCCCACAUGGAACUUGUCAAAUAUUUGGCAAGGAAAGGUGCGAGUCUGAGUGCUAAGACAAAAGCAGGGAAAACCCCUAUUGAUCUUGCAAACACAGAGGAAAUACGCUUAUUUCUGGCAGAAUGUGAAGAAUUGUCAAAGAAAGGUAAGGAUCUGACAGAAAAAGGGAAAGCUGAACAAUCUACCUCGAAGGGAUCAAUAAAAGAUGAGGUGGUAGGUUCUGACAGUGAAGCUAAAGCUAAGCAUGACAACGAAGACAGCAAGGACAAAAAGGAGGCACGAAACUCUGAAGAAGCUGAGAUUGAAGAAAAUGCAUCAAAAACGAAAAAGCCAAGAAUUGCACUUAAUCAUCUUUUGGCCACAGAUGACACGGAAGAAGAGAACCAGUGAGCAAGGACUAUAGAGUAAAAGAUUUUUACUGCUGUUUCAGAAAGUUUCUGAAGCAAUUUCUGUUUUGACAGGUUUCUGAAGCUGUUCAUUGUAUGUUAUUUUGAUAACAUGUUUGAGGACAAUUAGCAACUGUUAAAGAGAAGUUGUAUAAGAAAAGAAAUUGUUACAGGAAAUGAUCAGCUUGUGUUAACU